CUGCCGCUCGCCGGAACUGGGCGGCGACCCCGGAAGUUCCCGCGCGGCGGAGCUGGUAGGGGCGGUCGGCUCGGCCCCGGAGUCCCGAGCGUCCGUUCGUGCGAGCGCCGCCGCUGCCGCUGCCGGACCGGCCAUGGACGAUACCCUGUUCCAGUUGAAGUUCACGGCAAAGCAGCUGGAGAAGCUGGCCAAGAAGGCAGAGAAGGACUCCAAGGCGGAGCAGGCCAAAGUGAAGAAGGCCCUUCAGCAGAAGAACGUGGAGUGUGCGCGUGUAUAUGCCGAGAAUGCCAUCCGCAAGAAGAACGAAGGUGUGAACUGGCUCCGCAUGGCAUCCCGCGUGGACGCAGUGGCCUCCAAGGUGCAGACGGCCGUGACCAUGAAGGGGGUGACCAAGAACAUGGCGCAGGUGACCAAAGCCCUGGACAGGGCGCUGAGCACCAUGGACUUGCAGAAGGUCUCUGCGGUGAUGGACAGGUUUGAGCAGCAGGUGCAGAACCUGGAUGUGCACACAUCGGUAAUGGAGGACUCCAUGAGCUCGGCCACCACGCUGACCACGCCGCAGGAGCAGGUGGACAGCCUCAUUGUGCAGAUCGCUGAGGAGAAUGGCCUGGAGGUCUUGGACCAGCUCAGCCAGCUGCCCGAGGGCGCCUCUGCCGUGGGCGAGAGCUCCGUGCGCAGCCAGGAGGACCAGCUGUCUCGGAGGUUGGCCGCCUUGAGAAACUAGCCGAGCCUUCCUGUAGGGCCCUGCUUCCCUGGCCGUGACGUGCAGGAAGGGCCAGGGAGGAGGGCUCCAUCUCUCUCCCCAUGCCUCUUGCCUUUCUGCACACCCUGCAGCGUGGCCCUUCCCUCCAGGCCUGGGAAUUGUCCCUCUUAUCGUAGACGGUGGCUCUGUGUCUUGGUGGGUGAGUUUGCACAACUUUCUGACUUCUGUGGGUUAUUUCUGUGACUCUGGGCUGACCAGCUCGGGGUUCUGCAGGCCCCCCCCGUCCCCCCACCCUCUGAGACGUUGACGGGGACUGACCAGUGGAUGCCAUGGGGGCCAUGGGGGCCUUCAGACUCCGUGUAACGGCAGAUGUGCUCCUGGUGGUCAGCCAGUGGGCGUCAGGGCUUCUUCCUGCUGCCAGGCCCCUGGAGGCCAGCUGGCUGAGCCCCACCUGGGAUCCCUGGCGUCAGGCACCGUGCUCCAUAUCCAGGCACGCCCACCCAGGGGCCCCCCAUCUUCAUUCCACUGUUGCCUCUGGAGGGCCUGGGGCCCUGAGGGGUGUGCUGUGUGUCCUGUAGGAACUCAGGUCUGCACUGUGGUCCCUCCCAGCGAGGAGCAGGCAGUCCACACUCCGGCCUGGGGUGCUGCAUCUGCGUUGUUCUCUUCUGUGCUGUAAAUAAUGGGUGCCUCCCCCUCACCCCCCGACUGGUCUCUCCUCCUGUCUGUGGGCUCACACCGUCCGACCUAGGAGCUUGCGCGCUCCAAGAGGGGCCCCCGGUGGGGCCAGCGUCAGGGAGAAGCCGCGGCCGGGCGGCUAGCAGCAGCUCCUCCUGAUGAGUUCCUGGGACACGCAGCAGUUUCCACGUUUUUCAUUUCCUGAGGUUUACUUUGUUUUCUUGAAGCUUCCAGGGUUUUUUGUUUUUUUUUGCCAAAAUAGAAGGAGCAGACAGCAGAUGGGGAGCAUUUGGGUCCAAGCCCCGUUCUUGGUGUGAGCUGGUGAGAACUUCGUGGUUGGUACUGAGCGGGGCCCGGCUCCGUGCACGGCUGACCACCCGACCAGCCCUUCCCAGAGGCUCCCGCUGCCCACGCUGUCCUCAUGCCAGUGGCUCUUGGAAAGAAAUGUUGGAGAUCUUUACCGUGACUUGCUACGUGUGAUUCUUCUGGACUUGCUUGUCCCUGGGUAUUCUGUGUGGUCAGUUGGGUUGGAGCAACCUGGAUGCCCGAGACUGGUGUGAGAAUCCAGAGGGCGGGUCAGCGUGCUGUCUGGCUUUUCUUCCACACUGCCGGCUUCGCCUUACUCCCUGGCUGUGGUCUCUCAGGAUGCCCACGUGCUGGGGGUUCAGAGAAGAUCCUGACUGUCUUGGUGCCCGGUGGGUGCAGAGCUCCCCAGCUGUGGCUCAUCACAGAGCAGUGGGCAUGUUUGCCCAUUUUCCUAAAAUGCUGUUGUGAGUAAACACAUUGAUCCCUGAGAA